GCUCUCCACUCUCUCGUGUUGCUCUCCGGUGUCUCGACCCUCUCUACUCGCCGUCGCAGGCUCAACGAACAAAAAAGAUGUCGACGACGGAAGUACCCUCGACUCUUCCCGGGAACAUGUCCUUGGCCGACCAUGAUCCGGCUAUGUUCGACCUCAUCGAGAAGGAGAAGACCCGCCAAUGGUCCAGCUUGGAGCUGAUCGCCAGCGAGAACUUCACGUCCAGGGCUGUGAUGGACUGCCUGGGCUCGGCUCUCACCAACAAGUACGCGGAGGGACUCCCGGGGGCACGGUACUACGGCGGUAACCAGGUCGUGGACCAGAUCGAGAGCCUAUGCCAGUCGCGCGCUCUCGAGGCCUACGGCUUGGACCCGGAGAAGUGGGGGGUCAACGUGCAGCCCUACAGCGGCUCUCCGGCGAACUUUGCCGUGUACACCGCCCUGCUGAGGCCGCACGACCGCAUCAUGGGGCUCGACCUGCCCUCGGGCGGACACCUGACUCACGGGUUCUACACGUACUCCAAGAAGGAGGGCACCAGGAAGGCGGUGUCCGCGACCUCGGUGUACUUCGAGUCGUUGCCCUACCGCGUUCACCCGGACACGGGUCUGAUCGACCACGACGAUCUGGCCCGCCUGGCCGGCCUGUUCAAGCCCGCCAUGGUGAUCUGCGGCGGGUCGGCGUACCCCCGCGAGUGGGACUACGCCAAGUUCAGGGAGAUUGCCGACGCCAACGGGGCUCUCCUGCUGUGCGACAUGGCCCACAUCUCUGGGCUUGUGGUUACGAAGGAGGCGGCCAGCCCCUUCGACCACUGCGACGUCGUCACCACCACCACGCACAAGUCUCUUCGCGGGCCCCGCGCUGGCCUUAUCUUCUACCGCAAGGACGAGCGUGGGUUCGAGUCUAAGAUCAACCAGGCGGUCUUCCCGGCGCUCCAGGGGGGCCCGCACGAGCACCAGAUCGCCGGGGUGGCGACCCAGCUCAAGGAGGCCAUGACCCCGGAGUUCAAGGAAUACAUCAUCCAGGCGCCGGUUGUGAAGAAAAACGCCUCCGCCUGCGCGGACGAGCUCGUGAAGCUGGGUUACACCAUCUGCACCGGAGGAACUGAGAACCACCUCCUCCUCUGGGACCUUCGCCCCAAGGCACUGACGGGGUCGAAGAUGGAGAAGAUCUGCGACAAGGUCCACAUCACCCUGAACAAGAACGCCGUUCAGGGGGACAGGUCGGCCAUGUCGCCGGGAGGCGUUCGGAUCGGGGCCCCCGCCCUCACGACAAGGGGCAUGAAAGAGCCCGAGUUCCGCCAGAUCGCGGCGUUCAUGGACCGGGCCGCCCAGCUGGCCAUCAAGAUCCAGCAGGGGUCCGGAAAGAUGCUCAAGGAUUUCGCGAUCGCCCUCGAGAGCGACGAGGAGGUGAAGGCCCUUGCCGAUGACGUCAAGGCGUUCGCCCGCCGGUGGCCCAUGCCCGGCUUCGAGGCGUCGGAGCUCAAGUUCAAGGAAAUGGACCACUAGAUGGACCAAGACGCCGCAGCAGCUGCUACUGCUGUGAACAACCCACCAGUAUGCUGGCAGCACGUGUUGAUGGCGUGUUUUUGGUAGCGGCUUGCCCGUCGCGAAAGGGGGCUUCGCCCGGCACCGCUAGAAAGUCAAAGCUCGCUGUUCGGGCAAGCACAGGAUGCCACGCUCGUGGCCGAAGUUGUAAGUUGGAUUAUCCCCCCCCCCCUUUCUCCGAUUGAACAUAGGACGGUGAGUUCGCGUGAGAGGGGCAGGGGGAGCAGGCUGGCGGCUGAGUUGGAGGUUGUCGCCGGCCUUGUGCGAAGGCACCAAGCGUGCGUCGGGUCCUUUGUCGUUACGACGACGUUGCUUGUCUAGUCUAAUUCAGGAAACCCCCACAUCAUGGUGACUUUGCAAAUACGUGAGUUGGGGUGGUGGUCGGUGUUCGAACUGACUCAUUUCAACAUGGGCUGUUGCGUAUGUCCACCUUUCUCUGCCCUUACCCGCCCGAGGCCGAGGAUUCCCGAGAAGAUCGUUGAUUGCGAUCGAGAGCGAUGCGCUACGCUGAGGAGCUCUUCGACCAUUCAUUCAUUCAUUCCCAAUUUCACUCGGGCUUGUCAUUUUCACUCGGGAUUGUCACCUUUCUUUUUACUCGUCGCGGCGGUGUCUACGUUCCGUCCUCAAGCCGACGACACCACCACUGUCAAGCAAUAAAGGUUGAGGUGGGCCGUGAAGCCCCGGAGACUGUCGCUGCCCUUGAGCACGGAAGGAGCACAAGGACUAGCCUUACGUACAGAUGGCCGGACCUAUUUUUCAACCCGAAAAAGAAGUUGGUAGCUGGUGGUCUGAAUAUGUCUUGCCCAAAAUCCACAACCACAAAGUAGAUAGCAUGACGCACACAUAUCCACAUGCCGCAGGUGAACACCUUCCUGUGCUUGUUGCUCCCUCCUUCCGACUUGCGUGAUGAAAAGUCAGGUAG